GACCCGGAAGCGGAUGGCGGGCUCCGCCCUCGCGCCGGGGAGGCAGGCUCGGACCGGCCCGCGGAGCUGUAGCCGCCCUUCAGGCCCUCCUUGUCUUCCCGGCCGACAGCAUGCUCCAGUUCCUGCUUGGAUUUACUUUUGGCAACGUGGUUGGAAUGUAUCUGGCUCAGAAUUAUGACAUACCAAACUUGGCUAAAAAACUGGAAGAGAUUAAAAAGGACUUGGAAGCUAAGAAGAAGCCCCCUAGUUCCUGAGGCCCACUCCAGCACUACAUUCUGGAUACCCUGAUUCUGCCGUUCCUGAGGGGCCUCCUGCACCAUCUGAUCCCAAAGCUUUUGUUUUCAUCUCCAGCCACAGCAGUUUUCUUCUUUGAUAGAUCCCGUGUUGCCUCAGAGCAAAAGUGGGGCCAUAAGUUAAGAACUUCCCUUUAUAUGUCCAACAGCCUCGACUCUUCCCCUGCCUUCCUUCCAGCUGACUGGAAUUAUGGUGCUAGAUUAGCAAACAUGACCUUUAAUUAGUCGCCUCUCCCCUAUUCUUUGGGAUUUCUACUACCUUUUGUCAAAAGAAAAAUUAGUGAGUUUUGUAUAGCUGAUCAGAUACCAAUAAUGAUAAUUUCACAGUUUAGCAGUUAUAAUGGGUGCUUGUUAAACAUUUGUUAUUAAAUUUUGUUUCAGAGUAAUUAAAAUUAAUAUCUAGAA